AUGUCUCAAGAAUAUAUGAGAUUUCCUUCAAGAAGAUCCACAGUGUAUUCCAGUAAAGGAAUUGUGGCAUCUACCCAACCUUUUGCCAAUGCCAUUGGAGUUAAAAUCCUCGAGAAAGGUGGAAAUUGUGUUGACGCAGCUAUCGCCGUAUCAGCUGCAUUGGUGGUUACAGAACCUGCAUCCACUGGUAUUGGUGGUGAUUGCUUUGUCUUGUACUAUCAGUUGCAAGAUAAAAAGGAUCCAACAAGUGGAAAAGUCUUGGGAUUAAACGGAUGUGGGCGUGCAGCCAAAAAUGUUUCGAUUCAAGAUGUAUGCGAUGAACACAACAAUGGAAAGCCUAUGAAAAGAAUUCCAUACUCAUCCGUAUUCUCAGUUACUGUUCCUGGUGCUAUCGCUGGUUGGUAUGAUGCCUUUGAAAAAUGGGGAUCUGGUAAGGUAUCCUUUGAAGAACUAUUAGAACCUGCAGCUGUUUUAGCCGAAGAAGGAUUUCCAAUAUCGGAAUUGGCAAGUCAGGCUUGGAGAAACUCUAUUCCUAAGUUGAAAAAUCAAAAUCCUAAUGUGAAGGAGAAUCCAUUAUUAGUCAACAAUGGACAAGGACCAGAUGAAGGUGAUUUCGUUCAGAAUGUACCAGUUGCGAAAUGUUUAAGGCUUAUUGGUAAAGAGGGUAAAAAAGUCUUUUAUGAGGGCCCAAUUGCUGAAGCCAUUGUUAAUACAGUCAAGCCAAGAAGCCAUAAAUUGGAUUUAGAUGAUUUAAAGACACACUCGUCAACCGAGGUUGAACCAAUCAAACUUAGAUUUCAAGACCAUGAUGUCUGGGAGAUCCCUCCCAAUGGUCAUGGGUUGGUUACGUUGUUGGCUUUGGGUAUAAUCCAAGAGCUUCAUAAUAUGGGAAGAAUUGAUCUUUACAAAUUAGAGCAUAAUUCAGAUGAGUAUUUACAUAUUUUAGUGGAAGCUUGCAAAUUGGCAUUCUAUGAUUCGGAUGAAUAUGUCACUGACCCUUCAUUCAAGGACCUUCCAAUUGAUUCAUUAUUGGAACCGGCUUAUUUACAGAAAAGAGCAAAAUUGAUUUCAUUAGAUAAAGCUAUUGAUGGAGAACACAUGACUCAUGGCGUGCCUGAUCCAAAAUAUAAAUCGGAUACUGUUUAUUUAUCUGUCACAGAUUCUAAUGGAGAAGCUUGUUCAUUUAUUAACUCGGUUUAUGAAGGUUUCGGAUCGGGUAUUUUGGUUGAAGAUUAUGGAUUUUGUUUGCACAAUCGAGGUUGUAACUUCAACUUACUGCCUGGCUUUCCCAAUUCUAUGGAAGGUGGUAAGAGACCAUAUCAUACUAUCAUUCCAGGUAUGAUUACUAAUAAAGAUGGGUCCUUGUAUGCUUCUUUUGGGAAUAUGGGUGCAUUUGCCCAACCUGUCUGUCAAGUCCAACAUGUUUUAAACUUGACUUUGUUUGGAAUGACCCCUCAACAGCUGAUUGACUCUCCAAGGUUCGUGUUGGCAUCCAAUGAGGACCCUAAGGCCGAUAGAGGGAAAGGCGCUGAUGGGCCAGUAAGGACCCCAGUUACUAUUGUUCAAUUGGAGGAUGGCAUUGGUGAGCAAGCUAUCCAUAAAUUAACGUCAAUCGGACAUGAGGUACAAAUUUUGAAGGGAUAUAAGAGACAGACUUUUGGAAGAGCCCAAAUUAUUCAGAAUGUUUCUAAAAAUGGUCAAUUGAUUUAUGCUGGUGGAUCUGAUCCUAGAGGUGAUGGAGCUGCAGUUCCACUUCUCUAA